GUCGUCGCUGGCUGCUCCGCCUGCGAGGUGCUCCGCUGCGAUGGCACAGUUGGUCCAGGUGGAAGUCCAGAUGAAAACGGUGAAACUACUUUAGAUGCUCUUAUCAUGAAUGGGGAAACUGGCAGAUAACGAUGGAAAUUGGAGCUGUGGCGGCCAUGAGAUAUGUGAAAGAUGGAAUUAAGGCCGCAAAGUUGGUCAUGGAGCACACCGGCCAUACGCUUCUUGUUGGAGAGAAGGCAACCACCUUUGCAAUUUCAAUGGGUCUUGCAGGACCAACUAACCUGAGCUCACCAGACUCAAUGGAGAAAUGGUCAAAUUGGAGACAAAACCAUUGCCAGCCUAACUUUUGGAAAAAUGUUUAUCCUGCUGGCAACUGUGGUCCAUACCAUCCUAUAAAUAUACCACCAUUUGGGUCUAUGGACCCUGUUCAAAAUGCUGUGGUGGAGACUCAAGGGCCCAUCUGUCAGGGAUGGUUCGAAAGUAAUAAUUUGCUGGAACCGACAAACUCCCAUUUCAAGUCUGUUAUUAAUCGCCACAACCAUGAUACAAUCUCUAUGGCCGUGAUUGACAAGAUGGGUCAUGUAGCAGCUGGCACAUCAACCAAUGGUGCUACGUUCAAAAUUCCUGGAAGGGUAGGUGAUGGACCAAUACCAGGUUCUUCUGCAUAUGCUGAUGACGAAGUUGGGGCUUGUGGAGCUACCGGUGAUGGUGAUAUUAUGAUGCGCUUCCUUCCAUGUUAUCAAGUAGUAGAGAGCAUGCGGCGAGGGAUGGAGCCUCGAGAUGCUGCCAUGGAUGCUAUAUCAAGAAUUUCUCGGAAAUACCCCGAUUUUGUUGGUGCUGUAUUUGCGAUUAACAAGAAAGGAGUGCAUGCCGGGGCAUGCCAUGGAUGGACAUUUCAGUAUUCUGUCAGGAAUUCCAGCAUGCGAGAUGUGGAGGUCUUCACAGUAACACCUUGACAUAGGCAGAUCUGUAGUACAAAGAGCUGCGUCAACAACAAGGCAUACUCAUCGUGUUAAGUUCUAUUCAAUCACUGCCAUGGUAAUGCAAGAAAUCGUGUGGGGAUUGUUCCCCUGUCAUCUAUUGGACUGCAAUUUUAUAUUGAAACUGCAAUGAAAUAUAGUGGUAGCAGAUUCAGUGAAUGCGCUGUAGUCUUCUCGAAAUAUAUUUGCAAUUGAAUUAGUCAACUUGUGUACUGCAACUAUACCAGUUUAAUGCAUUAAGAUGUAGAUGGGUGUACUUCCAAGUCA